UCAGAGCGCGUGCCGCCGGAAGCACCCGCAGGCCGCUAUAUAUUAUGUCGAUGGCUGAAACCUGUUUCUCUGUGUGCUUGUGUUCUGUUUGUAAGAAAGAAAUCGGAGUAAAAUAUUUUAGCAUCUCGUAAAUGUGUUAACAACAACAAACAAACGACUUCUAAACAUUUGGACAAACUAGUGAAGGAAGCCGGAGGGGUGGGACUAGAAGGGGUAACGCAGUUGGACGCAACACCAGCUCGCUCCCCGUUGACUCCUGUCCCAGUGGUGUCGAGUCUCUGUUUCUGCUCUCUGAAGGACGUUUUCUGCUGUCCUUCGUGUGAUGGAACUGGAUAAAAUGGACGAGAAUGACUGGAAGUACCACGGAGAAGGAAACAAGAGUCUAGUGGUGUCUCAUGUUCAGCUCUCCAGAGUUCUGCGUUUGCUCAAAUAUCCAGCUGAGGACUCUGAAAACCCUCCACAGACAGCAGAGCAGGCCUUCAGUCAGAUCCAGACCAUCGUGGACUUCAGCUCCAACGUGAUGUGCAGCCUGCUGGGGGACAAGUUCGUCCACAGUGGGGAAGUGGUGAAACUGCCGCUGGAGUUUGUGAGACAAUUAUCCAUCAAGAUUCAGCAUCACAGACCAGUCUGGCGCUGUGAUAAGGUCAUGGACAUCUACAGCGGCUGUGCUCUCUGCCUGCCAAACCUGACAUCUCCAUUGCUGCAUUCACCAACACGAACCCCCCCUCUCUGCAUCGAGAUCAAGCCAAAAUGUGGUUUUCUGCCAACCUCCAAACACAUCAGCAAAGACAUAAAGACCAAAGUGUGUCGGUACUGCAUGCACCAGCACUACAAGGUGUCCAACGGGAAGUGGAAGAGACAUAGUCUGUACUGUCCUCUGGACCUGUUCUCAGGAAACAGACAGAGGAUGCACUUCGCCAUCAGACAUUUGAUAGAAGAACCUCAAAACAACUUCAAGGUUUUUAAGGGCGGGCAGUGUGUGUACAGCAGUAAGGAGGUUAGUGACGAGUCUCCGGACACCAACGCUCUGCUGCACCACCUCAGGCCGUACUUCCUCAGCACAAACAAUCGAGUCAGCAGUCACAUGACCAGCAAAUCCAUCCUGAAUGACUUCAUCCAGGUUCUGGUGAACGCCCUGCUGAGUGGAGGAGGAGAUGGAGAUGAAGGACAGGUGACUGACAGACAGGGAGAGAGGCGGGGCUUCUGCCAGGCCAGUCAUUUCAACAGGGAGCGUAUCCGUCACGGAUCCCAGGGCUUACCCAGCGACAGCGUCCUGUUCAGGAUCCUUCAGACUCAGAUGUUGGACAGUUUGGACAUCGAAGGACUUUAUCCUCUGUAUCGCCAACUGGAGCAGCACCUGCAGGACUUCCCUAAAGAGAGAACUCGUCUCCAGAUAGACGGGCCGUACAACGAGACCUUCCUGGAGAAAGUACAGAAAUGGACGAUGGAGGACAACGGCUCCGUGGAGUUUGCUGCAGCAAAGGUCCAUCAGUACCGGUUCGCCAUGACUGCCAAGGACUGCUCCCUCAUGGUCACUCUGGUGUCCAGCGAGGAGGAAGAGGAAGACGAUGAAGAUCUCCCCCCUCAGAGGCAUGUCUGCAGACCUCAUCCUUUCUCCUCCUCCGUCUCCAUCUUGGAUUUGGACCCGAAGCCGUUUGACAGCAUCUCCAGGCAGCUGCGUCUGGACCAGAAGAUCGUGUCAUGCUACCUAAAGACCAGUGGUGCCUUGCCCAAGGGUGGUCUGCCGCUGCUCUCUAACAGGAUCACAGCGACGGAGAGGGACGACUGCAGGCUGCUGUUCCACCCGGUGUGAACGUCAGACUGCUGCUUCCUCUGAAUCCAGAUGUUUGUUCCUCACUCCAGAGGUCACGUUGCCACGGUGACCAGAUCAGGAAGCGAGGCCCAGUUCUCUCGUGUUUUAGGUUGUUUGGACCUCAGGUGGUCAUAGAAGGAUCUGGGUUUUAGGUGUGUGUGUAGGGGGGUCUCCUUCUACCCAGAAUGCUUUGUGUUUAUUGAUGUCAAAGGUCAGAAGUCAAAGAGCUGUCAAAAGGUCACGUGCUGGGGGGGACUCAGGAUUCAGAUCAGCUGUCUGACCUUCUGUAACAAAACAUGUUUUUGAUCUUUGUACUGUCACUGACCCUGAUCCGGACCAGAAUCCAGCUUUCUCCAGGCUUGAAGGAAGGUUCUGGGCUUUUGCACAAUGUUAUAUUGGUUUAGUGGAGUCAAAAGUCAGAGCAGAUCAACGGAAGGUUCUGGUCUGGUGCUGCUCUCCAGAUGCCAUAAGUGACUUCCUGUUGUUUGUGACCAGAAAUCAACCCACCGUGACCCAGCUCACAAAGGUGUCGUUCAGUGGUCACACUUGGUUCCUGUUGGCGCUGUCCAACCCAUGUGACCGCUGUCAGCCAAUCAGAUCAGCAGCGGAGUUUGUGUGGACGGUGGCGACCGGAACCAACCGCUAACCGCUUUGUUCAUGGGAGUUCUGAUCACGUUGGACAGCUGAUGUCUUGGUUCUGAUCCAAACGGCUUUUUAUGACACUAAAUUACAACAGCAAGGUGUUUCUUCAUAAGAUUUAUGUUACUAAAGUUUGUGUUUAGUUGGUUUUAUCACAGCGAGCUGCAGCCUGAUUGGUCGGUUCCAGAAGGAAAACUAUUAAGGAAAGAAAAGAGACGCUGCUGCUGUUCAGCGUUUUGUAUUUAAAUUAUUUAUUUUUGUAGAUUUUGCUGUUCCUGCAUCAGCCACGCUCUCAGAAUAAAGAUUUGUACCAGA